AUGAGGCAGUUGGAUGAUGAGGGGCAUUACACCACUUUUGGAGAUGGAGCUUGGAAGGUAAAAAAAGGCAAUCUCGUUGUGGCUCGUGGAAAGAAGUCAGAAUCUCUUUACAUGAUUGCAGAUGAGGAUAUAGUAGUAGUUACUGAGGCUGUCAAUAAUUCAACCCUAUGGCAUCAAAGACUUGGACACAUGAGUGAAAAAGGAAUGAAGCUUAUGGCAGCAAAGGGUAAGCUAUCAAGCCUGAAGCAUGUUGAUGUUGGUGUUUGUGAAAACUAUAUCUUUGGAAAGCAGAAAAAGGUUAGCUUCUCAAGGGCAGGGAAGACGCCUAAAGUUGAAAAGCUAUAA